AUGCCCAGCGGUGCCACCCCCCUGCACUGCAUCAGCUACUGCAGCCACCUUGCCGUCACCUGGCUCCUGCUAGCUCACGGUGCCAACCCGGCCACCGCCAACGAGGACAGCUGCACCAGCCUGCACAAGGCGGCUAAACAAGGCCACCGGGAGCUCUGCACCCUGCUCCUGUGGUACAGCCCAGCGCUGGCUGGUGUCUGCGAUGCCAAGGGCCAGUGGCCCCGUGACGUGGCCGACCUGGUGGUGCAGGACCUGCUGGACACCUGA